AUGUCCACGGAAUCGUUGGACCAACUCUCUGACCUCAGCGACAUCUCCGACUACAGCUACCACUCGGAUUCGGAUCAGGGUGAAAUGGUGGAAGUCGUCCGGCGGCAAAAGAGGAACCAGAAAAACGGAAUAGAUGCAGAAGAUGUAUUUUUCAUUAUUUCUAUGCUCAUCAUCGUCAUGCUCUUAGUUACCGGUAUUUUCAUAUGUUUUAGAGCUGCUUUUCUGAGAAAACCUAUUAAAAAAACGGAAAACGCCCCAAUCAUCGCCAACAUGACCGAAAAUGACAUCUUCAAUCCAAUGGAAUACAUGAAAUCUUUUGGCGAAAAACGAAUGAUGAGAACAAUCGAGAUCCUAGAAGACCAGGAAAAAGUGGCCAGAGCGCAACGAGUGGUCGAAUCAAAAAGAUGGUCGGAACUCGCAGAUGUCCCGGAGUACUAUUGGGACAAAUUUAUGCCAGACAUCACAAGAUUCGAAGGUGUGGAUGCGUAUCUCCACAUGACGAAGCUGAAUGGCACCCUAGUGGAAGAGGCACUAUAUUUCCACCCGAUCAAAUUUGUGAAGAUCAAUGAGGAAGGGUCUAUCAACACUUCAUGGGCAUUACUGAAUGAUGGCAUAUUCAAUAUGGAAAACGUCGGAAGUUGCGAUCCAAAGACUGAGUGCUACAAGGGUACCUACAAAAUUGAGAAGGGCGAUCUAGUUAUUGAGAACACUUUUACAAUGGAAGGAGGACAAAAGAUGAUUGUGAAAACUGUCUACUACGUUCCAGCCGAAACAUUUAUUUCCUUCGAGUGGACUCAUCGAGUAGAGUCAUCUAACUUUUUUGCUGUGCUCUGCUGUGUUCUGUUGAUUUUCUUUUCUUUCCUUCUCUUCCUUCUUUUUUUUGCUAAUUAA